GAUGUUAGUUCGAGUUGUUACAGAAUACAGCUAAGGGCAUUAUUGGAAGUGCAAGUCUUUUUGUUUUAACAGUUUACUACUACAAGUUGUCAAACACAGUAUCGUCGAAGUGCAAAGGCAGCCGGAAGCGGCAAAAAAGAUUACCCAACGGGUCAAGAUCAUACAUGCUUCGAAGUAUGCGUACUGUAUCCAUGAUGAGGAAGUUCAUCUUUAUGAAGUCCACUACUGUACUUUAAAUUUUAAUUUCAUGGAGUUUGCUAAUACCGUGCGAUCAGCGAAUACAAAAACUCGCUUAUUCGUGGAGCACUCAUGGUCAGCACACCGGCACGGUGCCGGCGUCAGACCCGCCCGAUCAGUCUGUGGCUCUGGGCUUGAUAGUUGCACUUUAAAACUGGCUUCCAGCGACUCGGCCUGCUUCAUCAAUCAUCAGCUGUGACAUCAUUAGCAUACUGAUAAGGAGUGUUCUUUCUUUAUCCGUUUAUUCUAGCAUAGAAAUAUCGAAAACAUUAAUAUUAUUAUUGUCUUCAUCAAAACCCGCGCGUUUAUCGGUUCUGCGCUUAUUAACAAAGGUUUGCGUGCAGUUGCUGCUUCAACUCACUGGAUGGCGAAAACUCCUGCAGCGUGACUACUAGGUGUACUUGCCUUCCGGCGUCUGGAUUCUGGAAGAUACAAUAUUAGAAUCAUGUCAGCCAUACAAUCAUCAACGGAGAAGUUUAUAGCUCGUCCUUAUCAGGAUGAACUGAUUCAAAAAGCACUGAAAGAGGACAUUAUCUGCGUGCUCGGAACUGGUACUGGAAAGACUUACAUUGCAGUCCAGGUCAUACAGCAUGAACGUCAUGAAUUGAUAGAGGAUUUGGAAAACGGAGGCAAACGAUCAGUUUUCCUUGUUCCAACAGUCGCUCUUGUGGAGCAGCAGGGAACCGUUCUUUGCAGACAUACUGGGCUUAGCGUCGGAAAGUACUGCUCGUCGGAAAACAUCGAUGAUUUGGAUAAAUCGGGAUGGCAGAACGAAUUUCGGACGAAGAAGAUCCUUGUAAUGGUACCAGAUGUACUGAAAUAUUUGCUGGAAAAGGCAUUUCUGUUGCCAAAACAUAUUAAUCGGCUAAUCGUUGACGAAUGCCAUCACGCAGGGGGAGAGGAACAUCCUUAUCGGCAAAUUAUGCGUAUCUUUCUACGUGCCCGCACGGAUGGUGGUCCGAGAAUUUUAGGCUUGACGGCGUCUGGUAUUAACAUCAGGCUGAAGAAGAAGAACAUGUCUCCACAAGAUCAGCUGGAAGAUGAAAUCAAGCAACUGGAGGCUUGUCUUGGUUGCAAAGUUGUGACAUCUCUGGAUGAGUCCCUCAACGAGUACGGAGCUCGUCCCAGCCCGGACAUUGUGACAUUUGAGGUCGUCCAACCCAACGGUACGGACCACGAAAUCCUGAAACGCGUUGAGGAAACCGUAAACUGGCUGGAUAGUGCAAGGAAAAGGAAUUUUUCGUCGCGCCCGGCAAAUCUGAACGCUUCACCACUCGACAGCGAAAAAUGGGUUAAGGAUUCGAUAAAGGAGAUUAAAAAUGCGGUUUUUCAAGUGCAAAAUACUUUGACCACUAUGGGGAUUUACUGCGCCUAUAUAACAUGUCAGCAAUUGCUAAAGGAUCUGAAGAUGAUGCUGGGCCGAGGUUUGUUUCGACUAGAGCUCUCCGCGCUGGUCCGCGACUGUAUCUGUCGACUUCGGCAAAUCGGCAAUUCGUUCGAGGCGGCAUACUCUAUUCAGCAAGCACAGGCAAACUGCAGUGAGCUAUUCCUGCUUGGGCUUGUGACACCGAAAGUGAUGAAGUUGUUGGAAUUGUUUCAACCGUAUUCCUUAGCUUCCACAGCUGCCGGGGAAAAUAGCAACGAACUGUGUUGCAUCGUGUUCGUGCAAGAGCGGUAUAGCGCGUGGGCCUUACAUCAGUUUUUGCGGCUCCUACGUACUACUAAGGAGAAGAACUACGAAUGGAUCAAUACCGGAUUUUGUGUGGGACAGCUGGAUGAAAGUGGUUCGGAAGAAACCAUUGGAAAUAAGAUCGGCUUGUCUGCCACACAGUUGAAAGCGACUUUAUCAAAAUUCCGCAGCGGAGAUUUAAAUGUUUUAAUCGCCACGGAUAUUGUGGAGGAAGGUUUUGAUGUCCGCGAAUGCAAUCUAAUUAUAAGAUUCAAUGAACCCACGACUUACCGGUCGUACGUGCAGUCAAAGGGAAGAGCAAGGGCAAAAAAUUCCAAAUUUUUGAUGAUGAUCUGUUGCGACGAGGUGGAACGCUUUCGAAAUGGCAGACUACAUGAAUUCCAGCUGGUGGAUGUAGUGUUGAAAGAUCACUGCGUGGAUCGAAGCAGUCCCACUGAGCAGGAUCGCAUUGAUCAUUUUUCCGAUGAGAAGUAUCCUCCGUAUCGGCCUCAAGGGAGCAGUGCUUGUGUAACUUUGGGUAGUGCAUUGAAUUGUUUGCAAAGAUAUUGCAAUUCAUUGCCGAAUGACAAGAUGACAACCUGUUUGGUGGUGCCAGAUAUCAUUAAUCUCCCAGCGGGCGGUUCAUCUGGACCAGAAAUGGAAUCCCCCGUUCUGGCGAAGAAGGCUGCGGCACUUGUUUGUUGUCAAAUGCUUCACGAACGCGGUGAACUGAGCACCGAACAUUUACUGCCAAAAGACGACGGAGUUGAAUGGAAAGAUGCCGUGGCCCAAUUCGUAGGGUAUCGUGAGAAGGAACCAGUACCAGCCGGGUCGGCACAACCCGGUACCCGUCGUCGUUCGCAAUUUUACCCGAGAACCAUGCCGUCCACUCUGAACGGAUCCACUCCUGCCGUUGGACGGAUGUUUUUACAUCAGAUUGUUUGGAAAAAAGCCGGAAGAAUUGCAGCAAAUAUGGACACGAUUGUGAACCUCAAUAUGGAUUUCCCUGUGGGAUUUCUCAGUGGUCGACAGCUGAUGCCAAUGCCGAAUUUCCCGCUUUGUCAUGGACUGAACCAGUACGAGGUGGAUGUGCGAUUUAUCCGAUGGGUGGAUGGUGAAAUAACGCCUGCUGCACUGCAGCGUUUACAAGAAUGCCAUCGCUGUAUAUUUGAGGAUAUUCUCGGUUUCGGUAAAGACCAGUGGAAGUAUGCUCCAGAGUUGUUAGCGGAUUCGAUAGUUAUAGUUCCAUUAUCCUGCAACGGGGUUUGCUCCGUGAAUUGGAGUCUCGUAGACCGGCUGAUCCGUCCUGGUGCUUUUGUGAUAAAUCAGUCCAUGGCAGCAGCUGAUCGGGCGCGGAUGGCCAUGGAUGCUAAUUCAUAUCGGCAUGCCGUGGUCGUCACAUCAUAUAAACCGGAAGAGCCAUCAGGGCGUUAUUUUGUGAUGGAUAUUCCAGCAGGAUACACGCCGACGAACUACAUUGUAAAGGAGAAAAACAACGUAGUGCAGCAUAUGAUGGGAAAAUACGGAUACUCUGUCCAACAUCCACACUCCCCCUUGCUCCAUGUUCGUCACAUCUCAAAAGAACUGAACUUUACACCUAAACGUUCGGAUGUGAAAACCGCCCCGAAGAAGGAUAUUCAUCUACCAAUGGAGUUUUGCCAUGUUUUGCCAUUUUGCGUUCAGUGGUAUCAAUCUUUUCGGAUUCUUCCUUACGUUUUGUAUCGCUUGCGCACCAUGCAUAAUGUUUACGAUCUCUACCAAAAGAUCGGAACGGCCUUGUGGGGCGUCGUUUAUCCUCCGGAACGUUGGAAACCACUUGUCUAUCAUCCAAAAUAUCACGAUGUAUAUAUGCGGCCACCACCACCCCCCACAUCAUCAGAUUCUCUUCCAUCAUUAACCGGAUCGAGAGACUCAGAAAGCUCGCCUGCUGAAGAACACGGUAUAUUUUACGAGAAAUUCAGGCAGAUGAUGUAUUAUAAAAGCCGGGAACGGAAAAAAAAUCAGCCGGCUAAGCGUUGUCCAUCAUCAGCGCUACCGGUGUCCUCUUUUACUCCAUUUGCCACGCCGAACCAAAUUGCUACGGCAAAUGGAUCUUUGAACAACUUGGUCGCACCACCGCAAACGUUUGACCAUGAAUUUUCUAGCACUGCAAAGACUUCGUUGCCGGAAGUAACAUCAUUUGUCAAAUCAGUUACGACCGCAUGUGCCGGCGAUUGUUUCAAUAUGGAGCGCAUGGAGACGAUCGGGGAUGCAUUCCUGAAGAUGACCACCUGUUUGUAUUUGUUUAUGGAAUAUCCAAAAUAUCACGAAGGCCGGUUGACGGAGAUUAAAGGUAUUCAAGUGUCCAACUACAACUUGUACCGGCUUGGAAAACUGAAAAAUCUGGAGAAGUAUAUUGUGAACUUCAACGUUAUGGGUGAUGUGCGACGUUACUAUUUACCGCCAGGGUUUAUUCCUUUGGAUUCUUCACAAGAGCCUGAACGGUGCACUCAAUCUUUGCGCGAUAAAAGUUUGGCUGAUGUCGUGGAAGCUCUCAUCGGUAUGAUGCUUCUGGAGGUGAAUGCUUAUUACGCGCAGCGCUUUAUGGAAUGGAUGGGACUAAAAGCAAUCCAUUCCCGGGGAACGAUUGGUAGUGGGCAGAUUAAUAAAACAUUUAGCUCUUUGCGAAGGACUGAAGACGAUCCGCUCUUCCAGGAGCUUUCUACACUUGUGGCUCCAUUUGCAGACUUCGAGAAACGGAUUGGAUAUAUAUUUCAGGAUAAAUCUUACCUGCUACAAGCUUUUUCGCAUAAUUCAGACUUCCGAAAUCAGUUGACCGAUUGUUACCAGCGUCUAGAAUUCUUGGGUGAUUCAAUUCUGGACUACCUUGUAACUCGGCACAUACACGAAGCAGAUCAAACCUUGAGUCCGGGAAAAUUGACAGAUGUGCGCAUGGCUUUGGUUAACAACAAGACAUUUGCGAAGCUGGCGGUGAAGUACGGAUAUCACCAGUACGUCCGAUAUCAAGCUCCGAAAAUGUUUCAGUUGAUUUCUCGUUUUGCCGAAGAAGUGAAGAAGGAGGAUCCCGAUGUGGAAGUUCUGCAAGCUAGUGAUGUGUAUGCUGACUUUGAAGACGAUGAAGAGGAAGUUCACACCGAUAUCUAUGAAGCUGCUGAAACGCCAAAAGUUUUGGGGGAUAUCUUUGAAUCUGUGGCGGGAGCAAUAUUUUUGGAUAGCGGACUUUCCUUGGAUGCGGUUUGGAAAGUUUAUUAUAACCUCAUGCGCAAGCGAAUCGAUUUCUGUUUGAAGCAUUGUCCAAAGAAUUCGGUCCGAGUGUUGCUGGAAUACGACCCCAAUAAUGUUCAUUUUUCAUUGGAGGGCACCGAUAAGGGCAAAAUGGUUGCGACGGUGGAAAUCACCGAUAAGGGAGUCUUUCGUGGACAGGGGAACAACAGUCGCGCUGCCAAGUGCAAUGCGGCCAUCGAGGCUUUACGCGCUUUGUAUCCUGAAUCUCUGCCGUGUGAUUAAGUUGGUGCUCAAAAAUGUUUUGUGAUGGAAGACGUUCGUUGGCGUACUGUGGUGGAUUGGUGAUGUCAGUCCGCGGUGCUUUCAUAUAAUAUGAUUCAUUUUGUUUUGUACGACGUGAUUAUUUGGUUCUUUUGUAGAAAUUUUCUUGUUUUCCUUCAGGAUUUUUAUCGUACUUUUAUAGAUAUAAUAUAGAUAUAAGUUUGUAUUUUUGUGAAUUACCGAGGACUUAUAAAGUGCGGUGCGAGC